AUGGAAUAUUUUGAUAUUCCUUCAAAGUCAUAUCAUGACAUCCCUAUUGAUGAGUUGUCCUAUUUUAUUGAAUCGAGGUUCAAUGUUCCAAAAAGCCAACAUGUCCUUGAUGUUGUUUUUGAUCAAAAAAUCGGCCAGUUUUGUACGCAAAGAAAGUUUUUUGAGGCCAUUUCGUGCACUUUUUAUUUGUCUGACGACCUUCAGCUUGAAUGGCUGUGUAAACUUUUAAACAUGGCUUUUAUUCAUUUACCUUCCGAGCUGCCCGGAUAUUUGCUUUUAUCCUUCCAUAGACUGCAAAGUACUAUUCCUCUUGGAUCUUUUAUUGAGUUGGUCUCUUUAUUUCCGUUUAGGGAUUCCACUUCCAUUUCACAUAUGCUAAGUGACAAAAAAUUAUCCUUUUUGAACUUGUCAUUUGAUCAUUCUAGAUGGACUAGAUAUAUUUCGUCUGAUCAAUUUGGUCUCAUAGACUCGCUCGACUGGUUUUCACUGGCACUAGACGAGUCGAUUCCACAUUCCAUUAUCAACCAUUCGUUUUUGCUGGUGCGAUACUUUUCUAAUUUGAGGAAUGUUAAUGGCCUUGUUUCUAUGUCGAGGUCCCUUGAGAAACUUGCUCAAGUUCACGAACUUGAGGCUUCCUUGCCUUGGAGGAUUUUAAAUUCAUUUAUCAGUUUGAUGGCCACAUAUGACAAUUGGCUUGGAUUGUUUUCCGCUCUAAAUCCAACCUACUUUCGUCAACCACAUAAUGGCAUAACCACGGAGCAAAAAGUUCCAUCAACAUAUGCUCUUUACAAGCUAGAAAAAAUAAUCCCCAAAUUUUUGGAAGAAGCUGAGCGCUUUGUCAGGCUUUCCUUUGAAGCGCCUAUUCAUUACUUUCCCACGUUGGAAGAAUCGGUCCAUUUAAACGUGUUUGUUGCGUUUCUUUAUCACACUGUGCUGGAGGCGAGCCAGAACAUCGAUCCCUUGCUUUCGUCAAAGUACAUGCACUUAUUGAAGCAAUUGGACAUUCCACAAGGUAUAACAAAUCCGACUUUUAUCAUGAGUGAUUAUCGCUUUUUCCACAACGUCCUACAGUCGAUGCAAUGCGCCAAUGACGGCAGCAAAUGUAAAUAA